AUUUUGGGCAAAUUUAUCUGGCAACGCUGAACACAACACAGUCUGGCCAACAUGGCGACGAGGGGAGGAAGGUACUCCGGAAAGAAAAUAGUUAUUCAGUCUGCUGCGGAUGGAUCACGACAGUAUUAUGAACAUGAUGACAGAGGAAUGGCACGUAGCAGUGGCAGUGGCAGUGGCAGUGGCAGCGGCAGCAGUCGUGGUAAUUACAGGCAUUACCGCUCGGGAAACAAAUUUCGAGGGGGAGCAAGAGGAGGGAGAACCUGGGAUGGAGGCUGGGAUGAAGACAGAAGUAGCCGAUUCCCUGAGGGUCACUGGCGUGGCAGUAGAAGAGCUGGUGGUAGAGGUGGCCAUGGUCCCCGUAGGGCUCAAUACAAAGAUGAUGAUACAGAAAUGGCUGGCAGCAAAGAGAGGAACAGGCGUCAGGACCAGUACAAGCGGCGUGGCAAUCGACCCUAUACGAACAAUCCUAACAACAAGAUGGGUUGGCACAAAGUCUUGAUCAGAGAUGGAGCUAAUUUUGACCGCCAAGAAGUACUGGAUUGUAUCAAAUCUCUUGUUCAUGAGCCAUUCAUCCCAGUGCUGUAUGAGGUUGACGGGAGGUUCUUGGUAUUCUACUUAGAAGACAAUGGCCCUGCAGUUCAGGCCAUCUCUGAAAUAAGCCGCAGACUCACCAUGCCUAGUGGGGAGAGGCUAAACAUAUUCUUCAACCGCUCUCCCCCGCCAGUCAGGCCCCUCACUUCUUCUCAGAGGGAUAAGGUGAUGCAAGUUAUGAGUGCACGUUAUUCACCCGAAAUGAAAAGACUCGACCUCAAGAAUUUUCACAAUGACCUUACAUUGGUCAAGGAAGGUAUAUUCUGUCCUCUGUAUCGCCAACCAAACAUGCAAAUUGUGGUUGACAUUAUCCUGCAAAACAUUCCUCUUGUUGAGGAAAUUGACCUAGCCCAGAACAAAAUAAACAGCCUGAAUGAAUUAGAACGUAUUGUGUCAACCUGCUCCAACCUUCAUCGACUCAACUUGAAAAAGAAUAAGCUACCCAGUGCAGACAGCUUGGAGAAACUAGCAGGAAUGCAGAUCACCGAUUUAACCUUAGAGGACAACCCUCUUUGUGACAGAUUCCGUGACACAGAGAGCUACAUCAGUGCUGUGAGAAAACGGUUCCCAAAGGUCAUGUUUUUGGAUGGCCAGGAAUUACCAAAACCAAUUGGGUUUGAAGUCGAUGAAGAAGUCACCAAGAUCCCCAGUUCUCUAGCAACUUAUUUUGUUGUUCCUGGUGCUCAAGGCCUAGUGACUGUGUUUCUUCAGGAGUACUACAAGAUAUUUGACUCUCCAGACAGACAAAAACUGCAAGAAGCAUAUUCAGAGCAUGCACUUUUUUCUUUGUCCUGCACUUUCCCCGAGUCAGGGCCAGGUGCCAGAUUUACAACCCUGUAUAAUUCUGACAACAGGAAUCUUAAGAAAGUCUCAAACAAUGAGCGACGACACAAGCUUGUGAUCCAGGGCCGGAGUAACAUUGGAAAGUUUCUCGAUACCUUGCCCCUAACCAGUCAUGAUCUGAUGUCUUUUAAAGUUGAUGUUCCCCUUGCAGAGGCCAGCUUGAUCGUUGCAGUUGUAAGUGGUGUGUAUAGCCAGGUUGCAGACCGCAAUCCCCCGAUACGUUCAUUCACACGCACAUUGGUCAUCAUCCCUGAGGGCAGUGGCUACUGCAUCACCAAUGAACAGCUCUACCUCACCAAUGCUACUGUUGACCAAAUUAAGAAAGCUUUCAAAGAGCCAGCUGUGAAGGAACCUCAGUCUGGAGUCAAACUGGAUGAAGCAGCACAACAGAAAGAGGCAAUGAUUUCCAGGUUUUCUGAAGCUUCUGGAAUGUUGCCGUGCUACUCCCUACAAUGCUUGGAGGAAAAUGGUUGGGAUUUUGACAAGGCUGCAACAGUAUUUACACAACUCAAGGCAGAAAACAAGAUCCCACCUGAAUAUUUUCCACAAAAUCCUUCUUAAAUGUUCUAGGUUAGAUUUUGAAUACAGGUAUAUGUACAAAUGUCCCUUUUUUCUGCAUAUGAGGUGGCAUUUAUUAUACAACUUUCAAAUAUACUUUUAAGUGUUAUGGGGUAAUGGCCGGUAUAUAUAUAUAUAUAUAUAUAUAUAUAUAUAUAUAUAUAUAUAUAUAUAUAUAUAUAUAUAUAUAUAUAUAUAUAUAUAUAUAUAUAUAUAUAUAUAUAUAUAUAUUGUGUGUGUGUGUCUGUACAUACUUAUUUAUAUGUGUACACCAAAAAAUUAUGCCAUGAGUUACAAAGAAGCAUCAGUCUCGUGCAGACACAUUUUCUGAAUAUUCUAGAACUUUUUCUUGGAGAGUGUACACCAAGGAUUUUCAUAAUAUUUAAGUUUAGAUAUAUGGCUUGGUGUAUUACCAUGUUGGUAAAACAUUUAUAUGCUUAGGUUUUAUUGUUUUAUUUAUUUCUGUUUGUACUUCAGUCUCUGCAACAAACUGCAAUAUACAGUAAAGGUCCAAUAUUCCGAAUGGCAGCAAACUGAAAGUCAUUCGGAUCAUGAAAUUGUUUGUAUUAUUGGGAGAGACCCCAGAAAACAAAACAAAAUUAUAUUUACACAAUCAGAAAAAAGA